AUAGACUAGUGCGCAUGUUCACCCAAGAAAUUCCUCUUGACGACUGUAAACAAUUGAAAUCUCGGUUCGGAAAAAUGAUGUUUUUAUGUUGACCCCCGACUUCUUUAUUUCUUAUAUCUUGUUUAUUCCAGAAUUCACUUGAGAAAAACAAUCAGAGAUGCCUAAAUCUGUGGAGAAAUCAAUUUGGGACAUUGCCAUUCUUGAAGCUGAAAAGAAGAAUGCUUCUGAAUCCAAAGAUGAGGGUGGCGAAACAAAGGGCUCAGAGAAUCACAUUUUGUUUAUUGGCAGUAAAAAUGCAGGAAAGACAUCAAUAAUUCUCCGGUUUUUGGAGAAGGAGGAGGCACCAAAACCCACAAUCGCACUGGAAUACACAUUUGGUAGAAGAGCUAAAGGUCACAAUAUGGUGAAAGAUAUUUGUCAUAUCUGGGAGUUAGGUGGAGGUACAUUCCUGUCACAAUUAACAGAGAUUCCAUUGACAGAGGAUACAAUCAUGUCAUCAUCAGUGAUGGUAGUAAUGGACCUAUCACAGCCUUAUGAACUAUGGCACACUAUGGAAACACUCAUCAAGAGUGCCUUAGAUAGGGUGGAACAGGUCAUCUCAAAAGCAUCCAGGAACGACCCUAGUAUACAGGAUAAGAUCAAAGAGAGGGCAUGGAAGAGGAUAGGAGUUGAUCACCCUGACAGAGAUAUGUUGGAUCCUUUCCCAUUACCUUUGGUUAUUAUUGGUACAAAGUAUGAUGUGUAUCAGGACUUUGACCCCGAGAAGAGAAAAGUAAUCUCCAAGACAUUACGUUUCAUUGCACACAACUAUGGAGCAGCUCUUCAGUUUUCAAGUAACAAGACGGAUGGUCUGAUGUCUAGAACCAAAAACCUUGUCAGUCAUCUAGCCUUCUCAACAACUCUCAGCUUGAAGACUAUAUCUGUAGAUCCUAACAAGCCAAUUUCAGUUCCAUUUGGACUUGAUUCAUUGGAACAAAUAGGUUUACCACCAGUAGGUGAUGAUGAUCUUGGUAGAUCUAAUGCAAGGACACCGUUAGACUUAUGGAAACAGGCUUUCACAUCAUACUUCCCACAGAAGAGUACGAUCAAAGCUAUUGUUGAAGACCCAUCCAAAGACCCACAGUAUGCAGAGGCUGCAGUAGAUAAUAUGAGAGAACAGAAAAAUAAGGAGCUUGAGAGAUACAGAAAACAGGCAGAGAGAAGAGCAAAGGAAAACAAGACUGGUGGAUCAGGGGAUGGGAUACUCAGAUUAUGAUCACUCACAAAGGAUCUGAUAAUUAUUGGGAGUGUACAGGAAGCAUCCUGUUAUAGACGUACACUACACAUUUUUAUAAACUAAUCCUAGCAUCUGAAUUGCUGAGGCAGGUACAGCAUCCUUAAAGGGCCCAGCCACUGACAAUUCAUGGGGAAAUUGAAUCAAUACGAAAUUCGCAAAAGGCCAAUUGACUUGCAUAAUAUAAUCCGUCCGUCAUGAGCACCCAUCGGACUAAUGCGAUAUAAGUUCGGACAGCACAAAUUUCACCAAACUCGUGGUUUUUUGUCUCACCUGCAUAGCAGAGUGAGACUAUAGGCGCCGCUUUUCCGACGGCGGCGGCGGCGGCGACGGCGGCGUCAACACCAAAUCUUAACCUGAGGUUAAGUUUUUGAAAUGACAGCAUAACUUAGAAAGUAUAUGGACCUAGUUCAUGAAACUUGGCCAUAAGGUUAAUCAAGUAUUACUGAACAUCCUGCCUGAGUUUCAUGUCACAUGACCAAGGUCAAAGGUCAUUUAGGGUCAAUGAACUUAGACCAUGUUGGGGGAAUCAACAUCAAAAUCUUAACCUAAGGUUAAGUUUUUGAAAUGUCAUCAUAACUUAGAAAAUAUAUGGACCUAGUUCAUGAAACUUAUACAUAAGGUUAAUCAAGUAUCACUGAACAUCCUGCAUGAGUUUCACGUCACAUGACCAAGGUCAAAUGUCAUUUAGGGUCAAUGAACUUUGGCCGAAUUGGGGGUAUCUGUUGAAUUACCAUCAUAACUUUGAAAGUUUAUGGAUCUGAUUCAUGAAACUUGGACAUAAUAGUAAUCAAGUAUUACUGAACAUCCUGUGCAAGUUUCAGGUCACAUGAUCAAGGUCAAAGGUCAUGUAAGGUCAAAGAACUUUGGCCACGUCGGGGGUAUUUGUUGAAUUGCCAUCAUAUCUCUAUAAGUGUAUUGGUCUAGUUCAUAAAACGUGGAAAUACGAGUAACCAAGUAUCACUGAACAUCUUGUGCGAGUUAUAGUAGUUUUCAAAAUCAGCACUGCUGCUAUAUUGAAUCGCGUGAUGCAGGUGAGACGGCCAGAGGCAUUCCACUUGUUUACUUCGGAUCAUCGCAAGUCCAGUUUCCAACAAUCCCAAUUCCUAGACUCAUUGCAGGUCUCUUGAUUGCUAAACCAAAAUAAAUAACCUCUGUGAAGUUACAUGUUUCAAAGUGAAAACACGCAGUUUACUUUUGGUUGGUUAGUCUACUAACUAUUGCUCUCCUAUAGACCUCCCAGACAUGCCGGCAUCUAUUACAUAACACCCCCAGGCAUGCAGCAGAGUGAAAGACUUGAAUCCCUUCUCUUUUCUGAGAUAAGCCUUGAUUUUCCUCAUGAUUUGUCAAUGAAAGGUUGCUUUAAUAUCACUCUUGAAGGAUAAAACACAUGUAUUGGACUCUUCUGAUAAUUAUAUUGGAAGUGUAUACAUUGAGUCUUAUCAUUUUUAGUAGCUAAUGCAUCUAAUUAGCCGAGGGCAGAAUUUUAAUGAAAUACAAUGACAAGAAACAUACCCAAUAUGGAAAUUUUAUGAUGGUAAAACAAUUAAUUUUACAUCAACAUUACAGACUUAUCCUGUUUCACAAACCAUAAUGUAAGCGGUAGAAGUAGCUAAUAGACAUUAAGUAAUCUGGGUCUCGUGUGUAAUGUGCAAUACACUUUUCUGCAAAGGAUGCAAGUCUGCAAGGGUGUAUAGAGGAAAUCAUGAGGGUGUAAAAACAUGUGGCUGAUUUCUUUUAACUUUUCUGACAAGACCCCCCCCCCCAAAAAAAAAAGGUAGGGGUUUGAUACUCAAAUAGGAAGCAAAUACUUCUUUAAAAAUCUGACAAGCAAAGAGGGACAUUUUCAAAAAUGGGUGCAUAAAGCACAAUUGUAGCAAAGGGGGGGGGGGGGGUGAUAUCUUAAUUUAUGCAUUUUUGUAAUGACCCCAUAUAAUCUAUAUCUCUUUUUAGGUAUGUGUUCCUGAACUAGACUAGUUGGUCCAUUUGUUUUAAUAGUAUGUGUGCACUUGGCUAGGAAAGUGACUUUUUUUAAGAUGGUAUUUCUUAAAUAUAGCCCUCAUGGAAAAGAUUAUGAUGAAUUAAAUUGAAUGUAAUUUUUCCGACAAAAUGGUCUAAACUGUAUAAUUUACUUCAAGUUUAAUGUGCAAGUGACAUACAACCAUAUUUUCUUACUUUUCACAGGUGAAAAUUUAGGGCUCACAAUUUGAUCCUCCAUACUCCAUUUUGAUCAUCAGCAUCAAUGAUGGUAUACUCGUAUGGUGUACACUCUCCUAAAUAUAUUCUGUAUUUUGAAGUGUUUGUGCUUUUCCAUGACCUUUUACUUCCUUGAAGUGAGAUUGAAGUACUAGUCUGUUUUACAGAUCACAAUUCAAUUUGUAUUUAUGUCAAUAGUCUCUGUAAAUAAAUGUCUAUUGUGUGAAUAGAUAAAAUAUAUUAAAGAAACGUUUAACUGCAGUUUGGAUCAGAAA